GCAGAAGUAGAAAAGAAAAGUCUUGGAAUAAACGCGGCGAUUUGUACGGAGCUUUACUUAAACUUAAUGAACUCCGAGACACGAUAUCUGUUCCCUCGCAACGCCCAGGCUGCAAUUAUGUGCUUCCGUGGGCUAGAGUGGUUGCAUGCAUGUCGCGAGCCGCUAUCGUCUGCUUGAGGAGCAGUGCGCUACCCGCUCCUCUCUUGGUGGCCGUGGACGCGGUGAUUGGCUGGCGCGGACUGCCUGUGUUUUCAAGGUGGUGAGGUAACGUUGGUGCUGAAGCGUUGUGAUCUCUGGAGCUGAAGCAGAGUGCAGUGCCUGUAGGAUGCCACAACAGGUGUCCCCAUAUUCUGUGCUGGAUGGCCAGUAUGACCUCCAUGAGACCAUCGGUUCAGGGGGCUUUGCCAAAGUUAAAUUGGCAACACACCUGUUGACAGGAGAUAAAGUUGCUAUCAAAAUAAUGGACAAGAGGCAGUUAGGGGAGGAUUUGCCACGCAUCUAUCUGGAAAUUGAAGCAAUGAAACAGCUGUCUCAUCAACAUAUAUGCAAACUGUACCAAGUGGUGGAAACAGACACCAAGAUCUUCAUGGUGCUUGAGUAUUGUCCUGGUGGAGAGCUCUUUGACUACAUAGUUGAGAGAGAUCGAUUAGAGGAAGAAGAAGCUCGGGUGUUCUUUCGGCAAAUUGCGUCAGCUGUAGCAUAUGUUCACAACAUGGGAUAUGCCCACAGGGAUCUGAAACCAGAGAACCUUUUGCUUGAUGAUGAGCAGCACCUAAAGUUGAUAGACUUUGGAUUGUGUGCUAACCCCAUGGGUGGUUUGGAUCAACAUCUUGCCACCUGCUGUGGCUCUCCAGCCUAUGCAGCACCAGAGCUGGUAUCUGGCAAGCAGUACUUGGGCUCUGAGGCAGAUAUCUGGAGCAUGGGAGUGCUACUAUAUGCUCUGUUGUGUGGCUUCCUUCCAUUUGAUGAUGAAAAUCUGGGAGCCCUUUAUAGAAAGAUUCAGGCUGGUGUCUAUGAAAACCCUGAGUGGCUGACUGCAGGAAGCAAAGACCUGCUGGCUGCCAUGCUUCAAGUGGAUCCCAAGAGGAGGAUUACAAUUUCUCAGCUCCUGAUGCAUCCCUGGUUGACUGGUGGAUCUUCCUCUGCAAAUGUUGAUCCCUCCUCCAAAUACAAGACCCAUGGUGUGGACGAAGACGUCAUAACUGAAGUGGCAGUACAUCAGGGCAAGUCCCGUGUAGCUGUGCGGCAAGCAGUCUUACGCUGGUCCUAUGACUACCUUACUGCCACCUACUUCCUACUGCUUGCACAGAAAAUGAAGGGAAAUCCGUUACGGCUUCUUCCCAAAGCAACUCCAACUGACGAGAAAUCUAUACAUCGAGUUCCAGCCAGGUGUCUCAUAGAUCAACUGAACCAAGAAAAACAUGAUACUUCUAUCAAUGCAAGAAAAGGAUCUGAUAAUCUUCGAAAUUCUCCUCGAGGGUUGCAUACAUCCCUUGAAGGGGGAUUGAAUGAUGUUGAUCUACUAUCCAUUUGCAAAGUUACUCCUGUUGAACAAAUAGUGGAGAAAGUUGUAGGGAAGCGGUCGCCAUAUCAGGAAACAGAUGAUGACCUAGGCCUCACACCCCUUAAGUCUCCCAGAAAACGCAGACCUCCCUCCACCAGUGAUGAGGAGAAGGAAAACUUUAUCCAACCACGUGUUCCAUCCUCAGCAAAUAAGUCUCGGGUCAAGAUUACUCCAACUACUCCCUUCCCUGACAAACUUUCACCCUCCAGGUCAAUGGAUAGUGGCCUCAAUGAAUAUGCAACUCCCUCUAAAUCAAGAUAUUUAGCACCGCCAGAAGACUGGGGCUGGUCCUCAAAUCGUACUCCUCUGUCAUCAAGGAAGGUCUUUGGCAGUAUUGAAAAGCACCUAGAUAAGAUGAAAAAUAUGCUUACCCCACGGAAAAAGUUGCAGCCUGACAGUGGGCCUUCAAUUGUGGAGAGCAAAAAUCUGUACAAUGUCAGCACCACAGGGAGCAGAAACCCAGACCAAGUUCUUCACGAUUUGAGGCGCGCAUUACUUAACAAGGGCAUCCUCUGCAAUCAGAAAGGGUAUGCAUUGCGAGGAAAAGUGCGUGAUGAUGUUGGUGGAGCAAAGUUGAACUUUGAGCUGGAGGUCUGUCGAGUGCCGCACCUUGAUGUAGUGGGCAUACGCCGCAAGCGUCUCAAGGGUGAUGCUUGGAUCUACAAGCGUGUGUGUGAGGAAGUGUUGCGUUUGGCUCAGAAUUCCUCAGCAGCUACCCCUAACACCUCUCAUGGAAUCCCAAAGAGCACCAUUGGAACACCAGUUGUUACUUAAUGCUCGUCAUAAUUAUAAGGAUAUCAUGAUGUGUCCUGGUGAGCAAAAUGCAUCUUGGUUCUUUAGAUCACUGUAAAAGUGCAGUAGUAACUCUUAUCAGAAUCUUAUCUAAAAUAUUAUAAGAUGAGAUCAUUCACUUAUUUGUAACUUUUUUUCAUAUACAUUAGACAAAUUAUAUUUGUAGGAAAGAUGGGAUUAACUGAGAAUAUCUACAAAGAUAAUGUCAUGAAAUUUCAAAUUCUGAGUAGGUUAUAUCUGUUUAUGUUAAAUGCAGAUGCAUCUAGCCAGUAUUUUCAUGGACUCACUGACAUUGUAUAUAGGGUAUGUACAUGGUAUUACCUAGUUUGUAGUGAAGUCACAUAUUUUUAGUUAUUUUUGGAUUAAUUCCUAAGUAUUGUAUAUACGUGCUAAGUUUAGGAUCUAGUUUUAGGCUGCUGAUUUUCUCUGCUCAUGCUUCCCAUAACUUUAGUCACCCACAUCAUAUGUAAAUAAAUCAGAAAUGCUGUUUAUGGAUGAGCUUCGAUAGUGAUCUUAACCAUCUGAAAAGCAGAAUGAUAUGAUAGAAUACUAUACUUGACCUCUAUGCAAAUGGUGAGGGAAAUGUACUGACACUCAUAGUGUAAAGAAGAGUAACUGACUCAGGUGCACGUUCCCCCCCCCCUCUCUCUCUCUCUCUCUCUCUCUCUCUCUCUCUCUCUCUCUCUCUCUCUCUCUCUCUCUCUCUCUCUCUCUCUCUCUCUCUCUCUCUCUCUCUCUCUCUCUCUCUCUCUCUCUCUCUCUCUCUCUCUCUCUCCACCACCACCACCACGGAACGUAGUGGUAAGCACCCUCGGCUCACAACCAAGAAGGCCCAGGUUCGAAUCCUGGGCGCAGCAAGGCAAAGGGGCAAGCCUGUUAAUGUGUAGUCCCUGUUCACCUAGCAGCAAGUAGGUACAGGAUGUAACCCGAAGGAUUGUGGCCUUUCUGUCCCAGGGUGUGGUGUGUGAGUGGUCUCAGUCCUACCCAAAGAUCAGUCACUAUGAGUUCUGAGCUCUUUCCGUACAGUAACAGCUGGCUGGGUGACCAGCAGAUGACUGUAGGCAAAUGACACACAUACUCAGUUCUUAUGUCCUUCAGUUUUCACUGACCACUUACUGCAAAGUUCAGCGGAGCAGCAUAUCUGGGUCUCUUCAUGUGGCUAAUGCCAGAACCAGUUUACUCCUGCUAUAUCUUAAUAGACUGAUCCCUUUCCCAUAUCUGAUCUGAUCACUUGAUUGGACCAAAUACAUUACAGUAAAUUCAAAUGUAAUACUUAGAUUUUAGUAAUACAUAAAGUAAGACAAUGAAGUCUCAUUUACCAAUGGCACAUACUUAAUGUUGCUGCACUUCCCUUUUAAUGCUUAUCAUGCUAAUGGACAAUUCCACUUUCAUAAUAAAUAUGCCAAUAACAGACCAAUGUAGCUAUUAGUAAUUUUUGUUUUCACCUCUUUGGUCCUAUUGUUGUGCAUGUUUUAUUUCUUUGGUCAAGCUUGAUGGUUGGCCUUCAAUCUACUAUGAUGCUUUUUAAUCCAAAUCUUGGUGUUCCUGCAUAAUCCCUACUCCUUCCCUAUCCCUUUCAUAUAUUUUAUAUACUUUUUGUCACUUUUGCAUGCUUAUUUAUUGUACUCAUCAAUAUAUUCACUAAUGAUGGAAUUAUAUACUACAUGUAAUUUAAACAGUAAGGUGCAGUAAAUAUUGUGAUACUGACCUUUAAACAUGUUGACUAUUUUUUGAACAUUCACUUUCAUUUCCCACAUUAUUUCUUAAUUGUUAUAUUGUAGUUUCAUAUGAAAUUAAUUCCUUUGAUCAUAUAAGUAUCAAGUCCCAGAUUAGAGAAAUUUUGCUACAUUUUGAGUUCUAGAUUCUUGCUAGCUGAGUGAAAUGUUCAAGACUGAAAAUUGAAAUGUGGUAGGGAAGUGGGAGGCUUUUCAGAGUAACUGGUGCAGAAGGUGUUGCAAAACAAAACUGCAAUACAGUAAUAUAUAUAAACCAUAAUGUUUUCACAAAAUUUGUGCAUGUGCAUCUCAUUUAUUUCCUUCAAUUAUUUUCAUGUAAAAACUUGAAAGCUCCUUAACAACACUAUAUAUUACAGAAAUAUCCAUAUGAUUUACUCAUGCUGAAUUUAGCACUUAUAAGGAUUGAGCAGUAUUACUAAAUUUUUGUUUUUAUAUUUGUUUUUCCACUAAGCUGUCUUUCAAAAAAUAAAUCCUAACUAGGAGGCCAA